UUCUAAGUUUCAAGUCGGUUAAGCAUCUCUCUCUCUCUCUUUCUCUCAUUCUCACACUCCCUUUCCUCUCUUCUCCCCAAAACCUAAUCUUCACAUUUUCUUCUCAUAAAUCUAAACAAAAAUCAAACAUUCUUGAGGCAUUCGUCCAACUAAUGGAGGAAUCAAUGUUGGUACCACCAUGGCUGGAAAAGUUGUUGUCAACAAAUUUCUUUACAGUGUGUAAGACGCAUAACGAUUCAUCAAGAAGUGAAUGUAAUAUGUAUUGUUUAGAUUGCAAUGGCGAUUCUUUUUGCUUCUAUUGUCGAUCCUCUAGGCACAAAGAUCAUCGUGUUAUCCAAAUAAGAAGAUCGUCGUAUCAUGAUGUAGUGAGAGUGUUAGAAGUUCAAAUGGUGUUGGACAUUAAUGGUGUACAAACUUAUGUGAUAAAUGGUGCUAGAGUUUUGUUCUUGAAUGAACGACCACAGCCGAAAGCUGCUUCCGGUACCAGUACUAAAGGUGUUUCUCAUAUUUGUGAAAUUUGUUGUCGGAGUCUUCUCGAUCCUUUUCCAUUCUGCUCUCUCGGCUGUAAGCUUGUAGGAAUAAAAAGAAAUGGGUAUGCCAACUUUACCAAUAAAGAUCAAGAUGAUGAUUUAAUAGGAUGUAAGAAUCAAGGAAUGAUAUCAAAGAUGAUGAAAAUAUCAAGAAAUCACAGUCGUCAACAACAACAACGACAACAACAUCGCGAUCAUGAUCGUAAUCAUAAUCAAACUCAAGAAUUGCGUGAAGGAAUACAACACGAUAUGUACCCAUCACCUCCCACGCCACCUCCGCAGCCUCCUCCUUCUCGUCACCCAUCUUCGAGAAGCAGUAGAAGAAAAGGUAUUCCUCAUAGAGCACCCUUUGGGCCCUAAUGAAACCCUUAGCUAGAAUGUAUAUAGCUAAUAUUCUUCUAACUCAUCAAUUCAUCCCCAUUCCAUUUUCUGUUUACCUUACCUUUCCUUCCCUUAAAGUAAGGAUUGGGUGCCCUUCUUUAAACAACACUAUUGUGUAGAUGAAGUAAAUUCAUUAAUUAAAAUGAACUAAUGUUGAAUUGUCAAUCAUAGAAAUUGAUUGAUCAAGGUUCAAGGUGUAAAUUGUGUAAUAAUUCAAUCCUAUAACAUUAAUGAAAAAAACGCAAUAUUGUGAAGUUAGAUAUACCAGGUAUUAUGAUGGGUUCAGAUGCGACAUCUCCCGAGUAAUUUGCGCUUUUUAUUUCGUGAUUAUUUCUCCCAAGUAGAAAUCCAAUGAUGCUUGCGCUGCUAUUCUAGCAUCGGGAAUAUAAAGGUGUGAAGAGGGUUUCAUCUGUUGUCUAAAGUUGAGAUUUGUUUCAAGAUUAUUUCUCGAUCAAUGUA